AGGACAGCAUCUUGACGGAGCCCGUCUCCUUCUCCAGAUUAACCGAAUUCAGCCGGCCAAACUGGAUCGACCUCUCUCUCAGCCCCGCAGCCACAGACGCACAGCCGUCGGUGAAGAAGAGGGAUGUCACAGCUGAGGGAGAGCCAGUCUUCCCCGGCCUGCGUGAAAAACAAGCAGAAGGCAGCCAUUCUUCAGCUUUACGCACGGGGGUAAUUACAUCUUUUACGCGCGGUCCGGAGACAAAUUGCUGCAGAUUUCAGCCUGUUCGCUAUUUGUUAUCUGUCAUCUACCUGUUGGUGGUUUUAGAAAAAAAAUGAUUCCCAGUCCGGUCAUAACUUCUUCCACCACGCCUUUUUCUGUGAAAGACAUUCUGAAGUUAGAGCUGCAGCAGCAAUCUCAGCAGCACCAGCUCCAGUUCAUCUCCUGCCUCGGCCUCUCGGGCGCCCUGCCGCAGCCGGGAGCCUUCCCCAGCAAAUCGUUUCGCGCUCAUUCGCCACCCUCCUGCAUGCUGGCGGGCAGAGACAGUCCCAGUCCGAUCAGCUCCUGCCUGUCGGAGAGCGAGGAGAGGAUGUCGUACCUCAGCACGCUGGCCGCGCACGACCGGCUGGCGGAGUCCGCGCUGUCCGCGGAGGUUUUCGGGAAUCCGGUGCUGAAUCACACAGCAGAGGUCCGACUGGAGAACGAGCAGGAGGAACAGGACAGCAAGAGCUGCGGUGCGCUGCGGGGCGACUGCGACGACCCGGACCCGGAGAAACCAGCCAGCAAGCAGCAGAGGACCCGCCGGAAACCCCGCGUGCUCUUCUCCCAGGCCCAGGUGUUCGAGCUGGAGCGGCGCUUCAAGCAGCAGCGGUACCUGUCGGCCCCGGAGAGGGAACAUCUGGCCAGCUCCCUCAAGCUCACCUCCACGCAGGUCAAGAUCUGGUUCCAGAACAGGAGAUACAAAUGCAAGAGGCAGCGGCAGGACAAGAGCCUGGAGAUCGCAGGGCACCACCACCACCAUCACCACGCGCCACCGCCGCCGCCGCCGCCGAGGAGGGUGGCGGUGCCGGUUCUGGUCCGGGACGGGAGGCCUUGUCUGAGCGGUUCCCAGAACUACAACUCUCCGUACACGGUGGGAGCGCCAAACCCGUACAGCUACAACGGAUACCCGGCCUACAGCUACAACAACUCCGUGUACACCAACACGUACUCCUGUACUUACUCCAGUUUACCCGCUCUGCCGCCGAGUAACUCCACCAAUGCCUUCGUGAACAUGAAUCUGGGGAACCUGGGCGCGCAGACGCAGAGCCAGGCACCGCAGGGCCCCGUGGGGCCGCCCUGCCAAGGGACUCUGCAGGGCAUCCGGGCAUGGUAGGACAACUCCAGCACGAUUACCGGGGACAGGCUGAAAGGACUCAGGCCUUUAAACCCAGUAAACUAAACAAAAUACAGCACAAGGAUCCGGAAGUCAUUAUUACAUAAAUUACAGGUCAAUUGAUUGUAUUUAAAGACUUGCAUAUGAAGAAACGUUCAUCCAAUAAUGGAGAGUCAAACCUCAAACAAUACGCAUUAUUUCAAAGCCGCAGUGUUUGUUAAAGGUAUUAAAAGUCUUGUUGAUUGAUGGAUUUUGCCGGUGAGUGAAACCUCUGCGUAAAUAGGGAGAAAGUGAGAGACAUCAUGAACUUUAUUGUCAUGUUACUGUGUAAGGAAAAGCUUUUGAUUAAAUAUUUAUUAGCAGAAUUAAGACCGGUUGAUUUGAAACUGAAAAUAAGAAAACAACAAAACAAACCAUAAGUGUUAAAGCUAUCUUUACAGGUAUUAUAUUCCCAAGCUUUUUAAUGUUUUCCUUUUUUUUAACAGUGUGAUUUGUGCUGUUUUGUAUUUUACUCAAAAAUUAUGUGGAUAACAAUAAAAGUGGACGAUCUGAAUUUUACUGGCGCUUUAGUGCUCCAGUUUAAAUGACAAAUAUGUGUGAAAAUAUCCCUGAUAAUGAAAUUAA